AUGGCCAAGCAAGUGAAAUCUGUGGGUGACUUAGAUAGGAUCAGUACUUUGCCCGAUUCUAUUCUUUGUCACAUCAUGUCCUUCCUUCCCACUAAAGAUGCAGUUCGAACAUCUAUUCUUUCACACAGAUGGAGAUAUCUCUUCCCUUCAAUGUCUACCCUUGAUUUUGAUAGUUGCUUACGUGAUUUGCCUCGCAGAAAUCUUAACAGUUUCUGGAGCUUUGUUGAUAGAUUACUGUUUUUCCCGAAUCAGACAUUGAAAUUGAACAUAGAUGGUGAAAUAAAGGUUCCAAGUAAUGCCUGUUUACCAAAUCUGAAGACACUACAUCUUACAAAACUCGUAUUUGUAGAUGGUUCUUCAAUUUUUAGGUUAAUUUCCAGUUGCCAUGUCCUUGAAGAUUUGGCGCUUGAUCUAUGUGAUUUUUAUAACACAACUGUGCUUAGUAUUCAUAAUGUUUCACUCAAGAGUCUGUCUUUAACUUUUCUAGAGAUGGUAGUCGGAAGUGCAGGAGAUUUCAAUUAUGUGGUUGAGAUUAACACUCCGAGUCUCGUCUAUUUACGGUGCUCUGAGCUAACAGCUGAAGGCUAUACUUUUAGCAACAUGUGUUCUCUAGAAAAAGCUUAUAUUUCCAUCUAUCCAUUUAAUGUGGGUGCAAGUGCAACAUCCAGUGUGGGUCGUGUACGUGGUGCAACUCAUCUUUUUCAAGCAAUUUGCAACGUGCAAGAUCUAUCUUUGUUCAUCAAUAAUGCCGAAACGCUUUUUGGAAGCUAUAUAGAACCGGGGCUUGCAUUUCACAACCUUGUUGAACUGGAAUUUUUUAAUCCUGAUGGAGAUUGGAAGGGAGCGUGGAUUGUGGAGUUUUUGUGUCAUGUACCAAAUCUUAAGAAGCUUACACUGGAUCUGGGUGUUCCCAAAGAAGGAUUCAGGGUAGUACCUACAGAAGUGCCUUCGUGUUUGUUAUUUAAGCUGGAGGAGAUUGAGAUGGCAUCCUUUGAGGGAGACGAACAUAUGUUUGCAAUGGUUAAGUAUUUGCUGAAGCAUGCAAGAGUUCUGGAGAAGCUAAUAGUUGAUGCUUAUGCACCGUGUGAGGAACAGCGGUUGUGUAUCAUAGAAGAAGUAAAAAGGUUACCAAGGAAUUCAAAGACAUGUGAAGUCGAGAUCCUCUAACGUUUUCUAUUCUCUUUCCAAUUUUGUUUUGUUUGAUAUUGUGGGAAAAUUAUUCUAAUGUUGUACAAAUGAUUUUCGGUAGGUGCGUGAAUUUUUAAAAUUUUAAGAGGGAUGAA